AUGGCAACUUAUCAACCUUAUACCGAAUAUUCAUCAGUCACAGGCGGUGGUUUUGAGAACUCAGAGUCCCGUCCUGGUAGUGGCGAAUCCGAACCGAACACUAGAGUCAACACACUAACGCCCGUGACGAUCAAACAAAUCCUCGAGUCCAAACAGGAUAUCCAAGACGGUCCUUUCGUUUCACAUAAUCAAGAACUUCACCAUGUUUGCUUUGUCGGUGUGGUGAGAAACAUUACAGACCAUACUGCGAAUAUUUUUUUAACAAUUGAAGAUGGUACUGGCCAAAUCGAAGUGAGAAAGUGGAGCGAAGAUGCUAACGAUUUGGCUGCUGGUAAUGAUGACUCUUCUAGUAAAGGGUAUGGUUCACAGGUGGCUCAGCAAUUUGAAAUCGGUGGCUACGUUAAAGUUUUUGGUGCAUUGAAAGAAUUUGGUGGGAAGAAAAACAUACAGUAUGCUGUGAUUAAGGCUAUAGAUUCAUUUAACGAAGUAUUAACGCAUCAUCUCGAAGUUAUUAAAUGUCAUUCUAUUGCUAACGGUAUGAUGAAACAACCUUCGGAAAGUACUUCCAAUGAAAACGGUCAGUCCUUGUUUGUCAAGGAGGAUGCUGAUACUUCUGCCGGUGGUAGUCCAUUACAACGAAUUUUAGAGUUUUGUAAAAAGCAAUGUGAUGGCAAGGACGCAAACUCAUUCGCUGUUCCGAUUCCGUUGAUUUCUCAAUCUCUAAAUUUGGAUGAAACGACCGUCAGAAAUUGUUGUACGACUUUGACUGACCAAGGUUUCAUUUAUCCAACUUUCGAUGACAACAACUUUUUUGCCUUAUAA